AGAGAGCGCGCAGUGUUCGUGCAACUGUAUUAUUGAAAAUCACUUUGUUGUGGUUUUCUAUUUUCUUUUUUUUUUUGACACAAUAAUUUGCUCAAUUUAAAUAUCUAAUGAGUACUGAGAUAUAAACAGACGGAAUAUAAAAGUAGUAUUUUAAGAAAAAGACUGACAAAUAUGAGUACGAAAGAGGUUGUUUUACCGUUGAUGUUAAUACAACUGGUUUUGUUAAUUUUAUUCGGUGUUUUUGGAAAAUAUGCCUCAAAAAGUGAUGAUAUCGAUAAAUAUCCAAUGUUCCAGGAUGUUCACGUAAUGAUAUUUAUUGGAUUUGGAUAUUUAAUGACAUUUUUAAAGCGUUAUGGAUUUAGCAGUGUCGGAUUUACAUUAUUAUUAGGAGCUUUUAUAAUUCAGUGGGCUCUGCUGUGCCAGGGAUUCUUCGAACUCAAUGCAGACAACAAAAUUGAAAUAGGAAUUGAAAGUUUGUACAAGGCUGACAUAGCAACUGCUAGUGUAUUGAUUUCAAUGGGUGCUAUAUUAGGUAGAACAUCAAUUACACAGUUAAUCGUUAUGGGAUUUAUUGAAAUUAUGGUAUUUUCAACCAACUCAUAUUUAGGAACAAAAAUCUUUCAGGUAGCAGAUGCAGGUGGUUCCAUAUUCGUUCACGCUUUUGGUGCUUAUUUCGGUUUAGCUGUUAGUUACGUGAUGAACAGGAAAAAGGAAGGAAAUUCGGAAACAGCCGUUUCCUUGCAGGAAUCCAACUACACGUCAGAUCUGUUUGCAAUGAUAGGAACUGUAUUUUUAUGGCUUUAUUGGCCAAGUUUCAAUGCCAUUGAACUAUCAGGAGAUGAACAGCGACGAGCCAUUAUAAACACCUAUUUAGCACUUGCUUCUUGUACGUUGACGGCAUUUGCAAUGUCUUCAUUGCUCUCUCCUGAACGAAAAUUUGAUAUGGUUCACAUCCAGAAUUCCACUCUGGCAGGUGGCGUUGCAGUAGGAGCAGCUGCUAACCUUGUGUUGCUGCCUGUGGGAGCGAUUGUUGUGGGAAUUCUCGCUGGAUUUGUUUCGGUUUAUGGAUACGCCCGAUUAUCACCACGGAUUGAAAAUACCUUGGGAGUGCCCGAUACUUGCGGAGUUCAUAACUUGCAUGGAAUGCCAGGAGUAUUUUCAGGUAUUUUAAGUGUGCUAAUGGCUGCCAUAGCAAGUGAGAAUCAAUAUGCUAACGAUCUCUUCAACAUAUAUCCAGCUAGAAUGCCUAAUUUUAAAAUAUCCAACAGUACUGCUCCUCGAAGUUCAGGAGAGCAAGCCGGAUACCAAGCUCUUGGAUUAGUUGUAACAUUAGCAGUUGCAAUAGUAACAGGACUGAUUACAGGAUUUUUAUUAACCCUUACCAAAGCUCCAUCAGCUCAUUUAGAGUAUGAUGAUGCCACCUAUUGGGAGUUGCCCAAAAAUAGUCAUCACACUAACGAAACAAAAACAGGAAUCCACUACGAUAAUGCUAGUUUCGAAGUUUCUGCAACAGAUAGCGCCACACCAAAGCCAAUCUAGUUUAAGUUUAAAAUGUUUUAUAAAUAUUAUACCAUAGUGAUUUUUAGUUUGAAUAAAUGUUAUAAAAACUUGAAUUGACAUAUAAUUCUGUGGCUUUGUUCUAAAAGGGCAACUGUCGGAAUUGCUAAAGUAUGGGAAAUGACAAUUUAAAUAUUGUUAAUUAUUUUG